GGAAUCCCCAUGUUGAUGAGGAUGGAAGGAUCGAGGGGGCGCCAUUAACCAAGAGUCUGGGCGAGAUGAAGGUGGCGACGGAAGAAGUGCCCAUCCAGCCGGUUAUUCAAGUGAUGAAGCCAACACAGCCUGCGUCGACGUCGACGUGGAAGGACGCGCCGUUCGCCAUUCUCUUUCUCCUCCACGUUGCGGCCAUCGUGGCGGUCAUGGUGUCUUUGGGAGUACCAAUGUUAAACGCGGCGGCUUCAUCCAGUCAGGCAGGCUCUACGGGCUCCAGUCCUUCUUUCACGCCGCAGGACAUUGGAACAAUCGCAGUUGUGGCCGUCGUGCUUGCCGUCGUCUCAGCCAUCGUUGCAUACCUACUCUUGCAAGCGGUGCUCAAGUUUGCCAAACAAAUCAUCGCGUACAGCUUAUGGGGAAACGUCGUCAUGUGCUUUGUGUUUGCGGCCGCAGGAUUCGCCGGUGGCGCCGCCGUCCUGGCGAUUGUCUUCAUCUUUUUUGGGAUGUGUGGCCUCUGCUACGUUCACGCAGUCAAGAGUCGUAUUCCAUUUGCUGGCGCCAACUUGCACGUGGCCGCCGCCGCUGUCACGAAAAACUGGUCCAUUUUCCCCGUGGCGAUUCUCGUCAUGGCGAUUAAAGUCGUGUGGGUCUUCCUAUGGGCAGUUGCAUUCAUUGGGGUGCUCGGCAACGUCACCACCGAAAGUCCAAAUCCCGGGGCCAGUUCUGCUGGCACGUCGUGUUCCGCCAACAGCGAAUGCGAGUCAGGAGCGUGCGACAUAUCGCGCAAUAGUGAUUCUCAAAAGAUUUGUCAACCGUUCGUACCUGGUCAAGUCGUCGUGGCGUACUGUUUCAUGCUGCUGUCGCUCUACUGGGGCGUCAACGUGGCCAAGUACGUCCUCCACACGACAGUCGCCGGCAUGGUGGCCACGUGGUUGGCGGCCGGUGACUCGCAGUCGGCGAUGUCCGGGUCGUUCCGUCGGGCGAGCACCACGUCGUUUGGAUCGAUUUGUUUGGGAGCGUUCUUGGUUGCUAUCUUGCAAACCCUUGAAGCACUGGCCAAAGAAGCCAAGAAGAAAGGCAAUGGCGCGGCGUGUAUCGCGGAAUGCAUUCUCCUCAUCCUGCGAGGCGUGCUCAUGUAUAUCAACCGGUGGGCAUUUGUGUACGUCGGCAUGUACGGGUUUCCAUUUGCCCAUGCGGGCAAGGCCGUGUUUGGCCUCUUUCAACAACGAGGGCUGUCCGCCAUCGUCAACGACGACUUGGUCGAUACCGCGAUGGGCGCACUUUCGCUUGUCAGCGGUGUGAUCUGCGCCCUUCUUGCUUUGGCAUACUCCCUCGUCGGCAUGACGUCCACGUUCUCGGGCGCCAACAUCAUCGUCCCCUUGGUUGGAUUUGUGUUUGGGGCCGGGGUCACGUUGAUUCCACUCAGCGUCGUCAACAGUGCGGUCGCGACGGUCUUUGUCUUCUUUGCAGAGGAUCCGGCAGCGCUGAGCCGAACGCACCCGGACCUGCACAACGACCUGAUUAGCGCGUGGCGCACGGCGCACCCAGACGCCAUGGCCGCUUUCGUAGCAAUGUGAGUGUGCGCAUGCGAUCUCUUUCGCUUGGAUAUCUGAAUAUAUAUUCCACUGCUCAUCCA